CUUUUGGGAAUGAGAGAAUCCAGGAAACUUUCUCUAUGGGAAGUAACUCGUCCGCCUGUUCGUAUUGAGGAUAUUUCUUGGCUUUCUUAUGGGCUUUUGCUUGAUUAUAAUAACGCUGGACGCAUGCUUGAUGAGGGCCCCCGCGCAGACGAUACGUUAGAAGCUCAAAAAUUUCGUGAAUUUUGGGGUUCGAAGGCUGAACUGCGGUGCUUUGACGACCGCGUCAUAAGGGAGACAACCACGUGGGACUUACUGGAAGGUUCGGGAAAUAACGAUAACCAAUGCACUCGCCGAAGCCCGCACCUUGUGAUUGAGGCCAUAUGCCUUUAUUUACUUCAUUUCUAUUUUGGUAUCGCGAAUUUUUCUUUCAGCGAUUCAAAUUUAAUUUUUGUGUACGAUCAGCUUCAUAAUUUUUUGGUAAGUGGUGGUGGGGCCGAUCUAAAUCCAUCCAAUCGUAGCCAGCAAAUCUUGAAUCAAAUUUCCUCUCAGAGUCAAGUUAUUGCCCUGCACGAGGAAAUCAUUAAGCAGAUUAAAAAAGCAGAUCUUCCUUUAUACGUUGCUAAUUUCUAUACAACUUCUCCUCUUCUUCGUUAUACUGAAGUUAUUCUUCCUCCAUACUCGGACUUUAUUCCUUUUAUUGAUAUUCAUCUUCUCAUGGAGAGCAGCAGCAAAUGGCCGGAUUGUUAUGAAGCCAUUCAGAACGUAAAAGUUGCGCUUUAUUUAAAAUUGGCAUCUUCAUUGGAAUCCUUUGAAAGUGAAGCGCUUCAGUGUUUUGUUACUCCAGCACACUUAGAAGUGUUAAAAGGCGGAAUUGCGUUCAAGAUAAGAAUUUUUGUAGAGCGAGAAGGUUUUCUACUUCGUUCAAUUCUUUGUGAUCUAGUAAAAAGCUCUAUUUGGCUCAGAACUUUCUAUAUAAAACCACAAUAA